UUUGAUCCUCUCAUCUCAAAGAACCCCUUUUUCAACUGAAACAAACACCCGCCACCUUCUAGUCUUCCACAGUCUUUGUAUUAAUUACAACUCGUGAGGAUUAUACUCCAAACCUCAUCAAUCACCAUGAACGGCAAUACCAACAUCAAACUCCUCAGGAGAUCACUUUGCAGCACCACUGCCCAUUUCAUCCCACCCUUCACUUCUCUGCAAUGUGGAGCCAUUCUACAGUCUCUCACCAACACCAAGUCUCUCCCCAAAGGCCAGAAACUCCACGCCCUCAUGGUCACUUGUGGGAAUCUUCUACAUAACACCUAUCUAAGCUCCAAGCUCGCUGCUUUUUACGCCAGUUGCGGUGAUAUGGGCCAAGCCCAGCUGGUUUUUGACGGCGUUGUGGUUAAAAAUUCCUUCUUGUGGAAUUUCAUGAUUAGGGGUUACGCUUGCAAUGGGUUUGCGUUGGAUUCGAUUGUCUUGUACCGUGAAAUGAUUGGUCUUGGGAUAAAGGGAGAUAAUUUCACGUACCCUUUUGUUCUUAAAGCGUGUGGUGAUGCGUUGGCUGUGGAAAUUGGGAGGAGGGUUCAUGGUGAGGUUGUGGUUAGUGGGUUUGAGUCGAAUGUUUAUGUGGGCAAUGCUCUUGUUGCAAUGUACUCAAAGUUUGGGUAUAUGGGAUAUGCAUAUAAGGUGUUCGAUAGAAUGCCUGAGAGAGAUUUGACAUCUUGGAACACUAUGGUUUCGGGUUAUGUGAAGAAUGGUAAUCCGAGAGAGGCUUUGGCCGUGUUUGAGAGAAUGGGGAAGUCUGGAUUAAGGGCUGAUGGGACAACUUUGCUGGGAGUUGUUUCGGCUUGUGGUGAGGUGAUGGCAUUGAAGCAGGGGAAGGCAAUUCAUGCGUGUGUGGUGAGGAAAAGUGGUGAAGUAUGGAAUGAGUUUUUGACAAAUUCUCUUAUUGAAAUGUAUUGCAAGUGCAAGUGUGUGGCUUAUUCGAGGCGGUUAUUUGAUGGGGCGGAAGUGAAAGAUACCGUGUCAUGGAAUUCUAUGAUUAGAGGUUAUGAGAGGAAUGGUGAUGCAUUUGAAAGUUUAAGGCUUUUCUGUCGAAUGGUUAUGGAAGGUGCAGAGGUUGAUGAAGUAACAAUUGUGACUAUGCUUACUUGUUGUGACCAGAUCAGCGCCUUGCAAUUUGGCAUGUCUCUUCAUUCAUACCUUGUUAAGAAAGGGUUUGGUGCAAAUGUCAUAGUGGGAACUGCUCUUAUAGACAUGUAUUCUAAAUGUGGAAGUUUGUUUUGUUCGCGUCGUUUUUUUGAUGACAUGCCCAGAAAAAAUUUGGUUUCUUGGAGUGCUAUGAUUUCAGGAUAUGGAGCUCAUGGGAGGGGAGAAGAGGCUAUCUCCUGUUAUCAUGAACUCAUAGCAAACAAGUUUAGUCCUGAUGAGGGGGUCCUUACUUCUGUUUUGUCAGCAUGUAGCCAUGCAGGCCUGGUCAAUGAGGGUAAAGAUAUGUUUAAUAGAAUGACCCGAGAAUACAAAGUGAAGCCUACAGUUGCUCACUAUUCAUGUCUGGUGGAUCUUCUCGGCAGAGCAGGGCGCUUAGAUGAAGCAUAUGAACUCAUUAAGACUAUUGAAGUAGAACCCAGCAGUGAUAUAUGGGCUGCACUUCUCUCUGCUUGCAGGCUAUAUCCAAAUGUCAAGCUGGCGGAGAUUUCAGCACAGAAGAUUUUCGAAAUGAACCCAGAGGGAGUGGGUAGUUACAUUUGUCUUUCCAAUAUCUAUGCCGCUGAGAAGCGAUGGGAUGAAGUGGAAAGAGUGAGAGCCAUGGUGAGAAAGAAGGGACUGAAGAAACCACCUGGCUGCACUUUUGUGGAGUUAGACAAGAUGGUUCAUCGGUUCUUAGUUGGGGAUAAGUCGCACCCACAAACAGAGGAUAUUUAUGCCAAGUUAAAAGACUUGAACCUGCGACUCAGGGAGGUUGGAUACAAGCCUGAUACCACUUCUGUGUUGUAUGAUGUAGAAGAAAAAAUAAAGGAGAAGAUGCUUUGGGAUCAUAGUGAAAGAUUGGCAAUUGCAUUUGCCCUUAUUAACACAAGACCAGGGACCACAAUCAGGAUCACCAAGAAUCUUCGUAUCUGUGUUGAUUGCCACACAGUAACGAAAAUGAUUUCUAAAUUUACGGCUCGAGAGAUUAUAAUGCGAGAUAACCAUAGGUUCCACCAUUUUAGAGAUGGAUUUUGCUCUUGUGGUGAUUAUUGGUGACUG